UUGCGAUUGGACGAACAACACGUUUCCAUAGCACAUUGAUAAAGCAUAAAAAGCUGAUUGAUACGUUAAAUAAAUUCAGUGAUAUUAUUUCUAAAUAUGGAUGAUCCUGAGAACAAAAUAACUAUUCUGUGCCUCGGUCCGAAAGGAUCUGGUAAAACGACUUUGCUGAAGAAAUUACAAGACGCAGAAGGCAUCGACUAUACUUACAGUCCCGUACCCACCAUGGGGACUAAUAUAUACGAUCUACAUUACUUAAACAAACAUGGUAAGAAGCAAUUGCUGACGAUACGAGAGAUCGGGGGCGAAAUGGCCCAAUUAUGGAACAGUUACUUGGAUGGUAUUGAAAAGGUAAUAUUUGUAGUAGACACGUCGAAUUUGUGCCAAAUAUCGGCCGCAGCUGUGAUGUUCUACACGCUCGUAGCUGAACCAAAGCUUCGAAAAGCGAAGUUCAUUUUAGUUCUAAGCAAGAUGGACGCAGCAUAUCGUCAAAUGAGAAACGAAGCCUUAUUAAUGUUACAGUUUGCAAGAUUAAGCAGUGAAUUACCAAAUCCACCAAUUUUGCUAGAAGCAUCUCCGCUAACUGGGGAAGGCUUGGAUACCCUGAAAGAACAUCUCAUAAACACUAAACGAUCUUAUGUACUUAAUAAAUAAAAUUAACCUUCAUUUUUAAAACAUUGACCUACUAAUUUCAUGCAAAUUCACGUGUUUAAUGAGAGAUGGAUAGAUAUGUGAAUAAUGUAGCAAAUUGUGAAAUGACUGGCAAGUG